AUGACGAGGAGCUUCAAGAUCUGCAAGCGCGACACCCCGGACUACUCCUCGUGCCUACGACUGGCCAUCCAAGAGACAUGGAUGCCCAUCAUCAAAGGUAUUCCCGAGCUGGGGCUUCCGGUGAUGGACCCGUACUACAUCGACUUCAUGGAGCACGAGUACGAGUCCGGUGAUAUAGCCGGGAGACUCGUCCUGCGCAACACCACGACCUACGGAUUGGCCAAGACGCGCUUCUUGGCUGUGAGGCCGAGCUUCACCGGGGACCGUGUUAACCUGGAGGUGGACAUCGAGAUACCCAAGGUCUUCAUCGACGGGUUUUACAAGGCCGAGGGCGCUAUCGGGCCGUACAAGAUCGGCGGGAAGGGUUACUUCAACGUCAGUAUGGAGGGAAUCAGCGCUACCUGGGGCAUCGAGGGCCGAGUCAACGAGUACGACAGGCUCGUCGUCGAGCACUUCCACGUUUUCCCCGAGGUUGAGUCGAUGAAGGUCUACUUUACCGAUCUCUUCAACGGCGACGAGGCACUCAACAAAAUGGCCCUGACCUUCGUCAACGAGUACUGGCAGGUUAUCUACAAGAGCAUGCUGCCCAUCGUGGAGAAGGAAUGGGACCACCACCUCGCCUACUUCGUCAACGACAAGUUCUUCUCCAAGAUCCCGGCCUCGAAGCUGUUCCCCUGAACGACCGCCUCGUCCAUUUUUUCAAAAAUAUUCUUUUAGCAGUUGGUCGGAAAAAAAAAAAAAAAAAAAAAAAACAGUUAUUUUUGACGUAGAACAUGUAUUGAACAGUAGGAGGAAGAAGCGAGCCGUAUGGAGCCAAACACCAAAAAACACAACCGUCCGAGAUAGUAUACAUAUAGGCGUGAAGACAAACGAGUCAGUUUUACCUUGCGUUCGGUAUAAUUCGAUACGAGGAAUAUCGAUAUGCCAGUAUUGUGUGUGUAAAUAUAGAAAUAAAUAAUAACAAUGAUGAUUAUAAUGACAAUAAAAGAAAAAAUAUUACAA